AUGACUGCUGUUCACACAGGCAACAUAAACUUCAAAUGGGACCCCAAAAGUCUAGAGAUCAGGACUCUGGCCGUAGAAAGACUGUUGGAGCCUCUUGUUACACAGGUUACGACUCUGGUAAACACCAAUAGUAAGGGACCCUCUAAUAAGAAGAGAGGUCGUUCUAAGAAGGCCCAUGUUUUGGCUGCAUCUGUUGAACAAGCAACUGAGAAUUUCUUGGAGAAAGGGGAUAAAAUUGCAAAGGAGAGUCAGUUUCUUAAGGAGGAGCUUGUGGCUGCUGUAGAAGAUGUUCGAAAACAAGGUGAUUUAAUGAAGAGUGCUGCAGGAGAGUUUGCAGAUGAUCCCUGUUCUUCUGUGAAACGUGGCAACAUGGUUCGGGCAGCUCGAGCAUUGCUUUCUGCUGUUACCCGGCUGCUUAUUUUGGCUGACAUGGCAGAUGUCUAUAAAUUACUUGUUCAGCUGAAAGUUGUGGAAGAUGGUAUCUUGAAACUGAGGAAUGCCGGCACUGAACAAGACUUAGGAAUACAGUAUAAAGCCUUGAAACCUGAAGUGGAUAAACUGAACAUUAUGGCAGCUAAAAGGCAACAGGAACUGAAAGAUGUGGGCCAUCGUGAUCAGAUGGCUGCAGCCAGAGGAAUCCUGCAGAAAAAUGUUCCGAUUCUCUAUACUGCUUCCCAGGCAUGCCUACAGCACCCUGAUGUUGCAGCCUAUAAGGCCAACAGAGACCUGAUAUACAAGCAGCUGCAGCAGGCAGUCACAGGCAUUUCCAAUGCAGCCCAGGCCACCGCGUCGGAUGAUGCCUCCCAGCACCAAGGCGGAGGAGGAGGAGAGCUGGCAUAUGCCCUCAAUAACUUUGAUAAACAAAUCAUUGUGGACCCCUUGAGCUUCAGCGAGGAGCGCUUUAGGCCUUCCCUGGAGGAGCGCCUGGAAAGCAUCAUUAGUGGGGCUGCCCUGAUGGCUGACUCAUCUUGCACUCGUGAUGACCGGCGUGAGAGAAUCGUGGCCGAGUGUAAUGCUGUCCGCCAGGCCCUGCAGGACCUGCUCUCGGAGUACAUGGGCAAUGCUGGACGUAAAGAAAGAAGUGAUGCACUCAAUUCUGCGAUAGAUAAAAUGACCAAGAAGACCAGGGACCUGCGUAGACAGCUUCGCAAAGCUGUCAUGGACCAUGUGUCAGAUUCAUUCCUGGAAACCAACGUUCCACUUUUAGUGUUGAUUGAAGCUGCAAAGAAUGGAAAUGAGAAAGAAGUUAAAGAGUAUGCCCAAGUUUUUCGUGAACAUGCCAACAAAUUGAUUGAGGUUGCCAACUUGGCCUGCUCUAUUUCAAACAAUGAAGAAGGUGUAAAGCUUGUUCGAAUGUCUGCAAGCCAGCUAGAAGCCCUCUGUCCUCAGGUUAUUAAUGCUGCAUUGGCUUUAGCAGCAAAACCACAGAGUAAGCUGGCCCAAGAGAACAUGGAUCUUUUUAAAGAACAGUGGGAAAAGCAAGUCCGUGUUCUCACAGAUGCCGUCGAUGACAUUACUUCCAUUGAUGACUUCCUGGCUGUCUCAGAGAAUCACAUAUUGGAAGAUGUGAACAAAUGUGUCAUUGCUCUCCAAGAGAAAGAUGUGGACGGACUGGACCGCACAGCCGGUGCAAUCCGAGGCCGGGCAGCCCGGGUCAUUCAUGUAGUCACCUCAGAAAUGGACAAUUAUGAGCCAGGGGUCUACACAGAGAAGGUGCUAGAAGCUACCAAGCUUCUCUCCAACACAGUUAUGCCGCGUUUCACUGAGCAAGUAGAGGCGGCCGUGGAAGCCCUCAGCUCGGACCCUGCUCAGCCCGUGGACGAGAAUGAGUUCAUCGACGCCUCCCGCCUGGUGUACGACGGCAUCCGGGACAUCAGGAAAGCGGUGUUGAUGAUCAGGACUCCGGAGGAGCUGGAUGACUCUGACUUCGAGACAGAAGACUUCGAUGUCCGCAGCAGGACAAGCGUCCAGACAGAAGACGACCAGCUGAUAGCUGGCCAGAGUGCCCGGGCAAUCAUGGCUCAGCUUCCCCAAGAGCAAAAAGCAAAGAUUGCAGAACAGGUGGCCAGCUUCCAGGAAGAAAAGAGCAAGCUGGAUGCUGAAGUGUCCAAAUGGGACGACAGUGGGAACGACAUCAUCGUGCUGGCCAAGCAGAUGUGCAUGAUCAUGAUGGAGAUGACCGACUUCACGCGAGGUAAGGGACCGCUCAAAAACACAUCAGAUGUGAUCAGUGCUGCCAAGAAAAUUGCAGAGGCAGGAUCCAGGAUGGAUAAGCUUGGCCGCACCAUCGCAGACCAUUGUCCAGACUCGGCCUGCAAGCAGGACCUGCUGGCCUACCUGCAGCGCAUCGCUCUCUACUGCCACCAGCUCAACAUCUGCAGCAAAGUCAAGGCCGAGGUGCAGAACCUUGGUGGGGAGCUCGUUGUCUCUGGGGUGGACAGCGCCAUGUCCCUGAUCCAGGCCGCCAAGAACCUGAUGAACGCCGUGGUGCAGACAGUGAAGGCAUCCUAUGUGGCCUCUACCAAAUACCAGAAGUCGCAGGGUAUGGCUUCCCUCAACCUCCCAGCUGUGUCGUGGAAGAUGAAGGCACCUGAGAAAAAACCCUUGGUGAAGAGAGAGAAACAGGAUGAGACACAGACCAAGAUUAAACGGGCAUCUCAGAAGAAGCAUGUGAACCCUGUGCAGGCCCUCAGCGAGUUCAGAGCCAUGGACAGCAUCUAA